AAACGACCGCGUCGCUGUCGCGCAGAGGCGUGGAAACAGGACUGUGUGAAUUGCCCGAUUUGCAAGGCUGAAAUUUUUGAGCUCGCAGCAUUUCGUCACUGUCAACAAUUGCGCGCCUGCGCAUCAAGCCCAGCGAAACAUAUCGACACCCACCCGCCUUUUUACCUCCCCGGUAUGCGAUCGCGAACACCGGUGCCAUAUACUGUCCCAAACUAGAGUGCCCAGCAUGCCCACGGCCAAGAGGCAGAAGAAGAGCGGCGACGCUCAGUCUGCGCCGUCAACUCGAUCCCAAACGAAGGCCACAAGCGACCGCCCGACAGUUGCCGAUAUCGAGGGGGAGAGCGCAUUUGCUCAACUGGCAAAGAAGCACUGGCUUAAAACAACCAGAAGCAAAAGGGCGGUCAAGGUCAAAGUGAAGAAUGACGUUCUCAAGCACGAGAUUUGGGACGUCUUAGAGCGCGAUGGAUUCCCAUAUAAGUCUAUCUUGACCUUGGAAAGUUUGCAAACCCUGGAAAGCUAUCUUUGGCCUGGCUAUACGGAAGACUCUUCCAACCAUCACGUCUUGCUGGUGGUACUGCUUGUGAAUGCGAAACGGCGCGAGCAACUCGAGGCAUGGAGCAUAUUCGAGGACCGCCCUGACGAAUUUUCGAGCCUGUUUCGCCGAGUUUUGUCCAUGACGCUCGACCCAACGUUGUCGCCCACGAUCCGGACACAUCUGCUGUCCUUCCUGAUAUCAGCCUUCCAAAGCCUGGACUGUGCGAUUGUGAGAAAGGAAUGUGCGCCGUUGGUCUCCAUUGCUAUAUGGCACAGUCUUUCAACAGAGGAAUUGCGCGAGGAGAAACUUGAACAGAACGCGCAUGUGAAAAAGGCAUGGCGAGCUGCUGGAAAGAGGUACGAUGCUGCCGACGAUGCUACGAAAGCGAAGCUGCGGUUUGACCGAUCAUGGUUGUACACCUUGAUCCUACAUUUCCUCAAAUUGAUUUACACGCAAAACGCAAAGCCAGACCAAGUUCUCUAUUGCGAGCGCCUCGUUGAGUUCUUGACGGACCUGCAGAGCCAACUCCCGACUCGAAGAUACGUUAACACUCUUCUGCACGAUCUUCAUGUGUUGCCUGCCAUGCGCCUGUCCCCCGUGUUUAAUGAAGGGGAAAACACUCUCUUGCGCGAUCUCAAUGCGCUCCUUCGACACUAUACAUUUUUCACAAUCGACGACCAGACGGGCGCCCAGUUGAGUCGCACCGAAGCCUACGAUAGACAUUGCGCAAACCUAUCAAGACUCCAGAAGACAUCAUUGAAGCACUUCAAGGACAAACUGACAGUCCUGGCGCUGUCAAAUUAUGGCUCCAUUGACAAGAGAGACGAGCUCUACGGGCUCUUGGAACCCCUUACCGACGAAGAGGUCGUGGAGCUGGCGGCGUUGCUUCGUCUUCGAACCUCGUAUCCCGAGUCCGUAGGCUUGAGCAUUGACAGAAAGUUUCUCAUCGAGACGCUGCUCUCGACCUUCGAACGGCGGAAAACUUUCCAAGAGGUUGCUCGGGACAUGAGUCUAGUUCCUACCGAGCACUCAUUGUUUGAGAACAAUAUCAUGAGGACGGACAACUACGACGGAUCUCACCCCCUGGCGUUGCCAAAACUGAAUCUGCAGUACUUGUCUGUUGGGGAUUUUCUAUGGAGAUCGCUCGUCCUCUAUCGUGCCGAGGCUUUCUAUGGCAUCAGGAAAGACGUGGAAUCGGCCAUCCGACGGCUUCGGCCCGAGAGCCGGAGACCAGGAGAAACCACUUUCCAAGGGUUCUCUAAGAUGGCGUUGCCAACAUCGAAGCCCUCUAUUCUUGAGGUGGCACCCGCCCUUGUGGGAGACGACAAGCCAUCUUUAGUUCGGGCAGAGAUCUCCAUCGACGUUCGCCGCCUGAACGACGCCAUCAAGCGCGAAUGGGACUCGUUGAGGCCAGACGACGUUGUCUUUCUUUUGGCCAUUGAGGCGCCAGCCGCCAAGAGCAUCGCCAACGGAGAUGGUGCACAUUCGGAAGCUGAAAAGCUUGGUGUUGUGUCCAUCCGUUCUGCUGAGAUCAUCCAGAUCACCGACGACAAGGGAAAAGUGGUCCGGGAUGGUUCGGGACACUACGACAGUCGUCGUCGUUUCCAGCUGAGGCUGGAUCCAAGGACAUACACUGCAGACGCUGAGCGCUCUUCAUCCAACCCUCCGGAGGCUUACGAGCGAAUCAAUGUUGUCAUGCGCCGCAGCGGACGGGAGAACAACUUCAAGCCGGUUCUGGAAUCCAUCCGUAGUCUGACCCUUUCCGAAGUCCCCAUCGCUUCAUGGUUCCAUGAAGUCUUCCUUGGCUAUGGCGACCCUGCCGGCGCAACCUACAAGCAACUGCCAAACCGCAUCAAGACCAUCGACUACCGCGAUACUUUCUUGGAUUGGCAGCAUCUCACGGGAAGCUUGCCUGGCAAGGUUGUCGAGCCUAGAGACGAUGUUUCUGGUAGCUUUGGCCCGCCCUACGUCUUGGAGACGGCCGGACGCCAAGCAGUUGAGCCACCAUCAAAGCCUUCCAAGAAACGCCGCCGAGACGUUGAGCCUGCUCUUUUGGCCGAGGUAGAGACCGUCAAGGUGUCGACCUACAAGCCACCCAACAUGGGACCGUACCCCGUCGAUGCGCCAAAGCUGAACAAGAUCCGUUUCACUCCGGCACAAAUAGAGGCGAUCACGUCUGGAACGCAACCCGGACUCACCGUCGUCGUGGGACCCCCUGGCACGGGCAAGACGGAUGUCGCAACGCAGAUUAUCAACAAUAUCUACCACAAUUUUCCAGAGCAAAAGACGCUCCUGAUAGCACAUAGCAACCAGGCGCUCAAUCAGCUGUUUGCGAAGAUUGUGGCCUUGGAUAUCGACGCGCGCCACCUACUCCGUCUUGGACAUGGUGAAGAGGAACUCUACACCGAAGGAAGCUUUAGUAAGCAUGGCCGUGUCGAAUCCUUUCUGGAGAACAGAGAUAGAUACUUGCACGAGGUCAACCGCCUAGCCGCCAGCAUUGGCGCGCCGGGUGCGCACGGCAACUCUGCGGAAACGGCCGGUUACUUCAACUCCGUGUAUAUCGAGCCGGCUUGGGCGAAGUUUACGGAACUCACCAAGGUAGAGGACAUAACGGCUGCUGAUGUUGUCGGAGCAUUUCCCUUCCAUCAAUUCUUUUCGGAUGCGCCGCAGCCACUGUUCCCACCCGAGGCAGACAAGGACACUGUCUUAGAGGUCGCCAAUGGUUGUUACCGGCAUAUUGCGAAGAUCUUCUCUGAACUGGCCGAUGCGAUGCCGUUUGAGAUCUUGCGACGGGACCGAGACAAGGCUAACUAUCUGCUGACCAACGAAGCGCGCAUCAUUGCCAUGACGUCUACUCAUGCAGCAAUGAGACGCGGGGAGAUCGCAUCACUUGGAUUCCAUUACGACAACGUGGUCAUGGAGGAAGCGGCUCAAAUCACCGAGAUUGAGAACUUCAUUCCUCUGGCCAUGCAAAAGCCGCAGAAGGGGCAAAUGGGCCUCCAGCGAGUUGUUCUCUGUGGUGAUCACUUUCAGAAUUCCCCAGUCAUUCAGAGCAUGGCGUUCCGCCACUAUGCGAAUCUCGAGCAGUCGCUUUUUUCACGACUUGUUCGUCUCGGCGUCCCCAGCAUCAACCUCGACCAGCAAGGCAGAGCCCGGCCGUCCAUCGCCAGCCUUUACCAAUGGCGCUACCCCAAGUUGGGCAACUUGCCGCAUGUCGAAACUGAAGGCGAAUUCCUUGCUGCAAAUGCAGGCUUUAAGUACGACUACCAGUUCAUCAACGUGCCCGACUACAAGGGGCGCGGCGAGACAGAACCCACCCCCCACUUCAUCCAGAACCUCGGAGAGGCUGAGUACGCGGUGGCUGUAUACCAGUACAUGCGACUGCUUGGUUAUCCGGCGUCGAAGAUUAGUAUCCUGACGACAUACGCUGGCCAGCGAGCCCUGGUGAAGGACGUCUUGGCCCACAGAUGUGCCAACAAGGCGAUCUUCGGAAUGCCUAGGAUCGUCACUACCGUGGACAAGUACCAGGGCGAGCAAAACGAUUACAUCAUUCUGUCGUUGACUCGCACAUCAAGGGUCGGAUACCUACGCGAUAUCCGUCGCCUGACGGUUGCGCUAUCUCGUGCUCGCCUUGGUCUGUACAUCCUCGGUCGUCGCGAGAUCUUCGAAACAUGCUACGAGCUACGGCAAGCGUUCGAGCAGCUCCUGUCUCGACCCGAUAAGCUUAUGCUUGUUACCGGUGAACUCUAUCCCACGGAGAGAUCCCUCGCUGGUGGCACCAACGUCGAAGUUCCUGGAGAGGUGUGCAUGGAGGGGGUAGAGCACCUUGGACAGUACGUGUACGAGAUGAGUAAGACGAAAGUCCGCCAGCUGCAAGCGGAGGGUGUGAUACCUGACGAUGGUGAGAUGGAGGUGCAAGAGAUACCGCAGGAAGUCGCUGAAGAGGUAGUAGAGAACGGCGAUGACAUUGAGGCGGAGGAACAGGUCAAGGGGUGAGAGAACCUCUAUAGGCACCAAAGUAAAGGUCUGUUGGUCGAGUUUCGCUGAUGAUAUGCAAAGCAUGACUUGAGUGGGGUAAACCUGUGUCAUGAUGAACCCGGGCUGGCUUUCAAUUUUACAAUGUAUGGAUCUGGGGUGGCUAGGCAAGAGGCCAGGCUACAGAUAAUGAUUACCGGACUGAGCCAGAGAGACAACUUGGAAGCAACGUCACCGUUGAGCUGUACACACCAUCUACCUACCUACCUACCUACCUACCUACCCGCAUGGGAGGAUACAAAAAGUUCUUUCGACAAUAUCCCAUGUUGUCAAUCGCAGGAUGGAGCCUGUGCACUGCUUCGAGACUUUUUGAAAAAACAAAACAAAAAACAACCCAGGUUAUCCAAUGAACGUUCUAGAAAGAUGCGUAGAAUGUCUGACGUCGAAAUAACGACGGAUGAAUGGCCCUGGCAUCUUGUUCUUCAAAAGGAGUACAUUAUGGGAGGGGCGGAUUCGCUAGCUUUUCCGGUUCCCCUUCCCUGACCUCCUUCGCCGUGGUAGAAGGUCCUACCAUCCCGAGGUACUUUGUAUU